UACUUUCCAGCAUUUCAUUUUCAGUCCGAUCGACUCUUGCAUCGUGCUACGACGACGACGCCAACGACGGCAGCCGGUCGCGGGAAUUCAAAUCUCGAAAAAAUCGUCCAACUUUACUCUAAAACUCGACUCAGUAGUGUCCUGGUUCCGAGGGAAUCACACAUAUACGAACAUCCUAUCCUACCUACCCUAGCCCUGCUAGGACGUCCCGAGACAGAGCGACGACGCGCGGCACCAUCAAAAGGAGGUCCUGAUAAAAAUAUACGUAACUGAAUUGAAGUGAUACUAUUAUCUACUUGAGAUUUCCAUAAAUUAAUUCGAUAUGUCUCAGAUGAUUACGAUCAGCCGGGAUACUAGCGGGUAGUGGCGAACUUCGAUGGUAACCUUGACGACACGCUGAAAGGGAAAAUUUGUUGAGCUUUUGAUGAAUCGUGACUGGAGCGCAGUAAGCUGAAAAUCGAAUUUAAGUGUUGUGUUGAUUUUAAAGUUUUGAGUGAUUUUGUGACUUCGUGAUUCAUGUGUGUGUUUCAGUGAGGAUUAACAAUAUUCGAAAAUUUGAUCCACUCGCAGUAUGGAUUAACAACAAUCGACUGUUUUGUACACUAAAACUCUACAACGGAAAACGGAUCCCUCCUCCUGCCCCGAAGAGUAGGAUAAAUUUGGUUAAAACUCCAACAGUUUGUACCGAACACCGACUUCAAGCUGUAUCUACCGUCGGAUUGUUGUGCACCGGUGAAUAGGGAGCAUUCAUCGACGGCAGGCCAUUACAACCCGCUCGGCUCCAAGUUGGAUUUCAAAAACAGCUGUGCCGAUUCCGGCCCUGCUGGUAUUGGUGGUGGUGGUGGUGGUGGCACUAGUGCAGGAAGUGCAACUUCAUCCGGAGCUCAUUCGUCUUCUCUCGCAGGACUAAGCCCGGCCAGUCCGGACUCGCAACAGUUCAACAUCUUUCCGGCGAUCUUUAGCCGGCAGCUGAACUUCACCGGAAGCACGUGCGGCACCAGUGGACAAGGCAAACUAAUGGACGACCUUCGACCAAAUCUGGUGGGUGGCCUGCUGGGACUACAGCAAGGCCUACUCGAUGAUCAUACGCUGUCACAUGGCAACUUGCAGCACAACGCACAGGAUAGCAAAUUCAUGUCACUACAGGACAACAGACUUAUGGGAAUCGGAUCCCACGAGAAUCGCCUACUAGGAUUAUCGCAGGACAACCGAACACCCGGCGGUGGUCAAGGUUCCUCGGACAAACCAAUGCAGCGAAAGUGCAGCAGCACACCGGAGGAUUUCAGUGCCCUAUAUGGUGGAUUAGCAGGAACGCCAAUCAGUGACCAUCACCAUCAUCACACGCCUGCCCAUACACCGCCGAAUCGAUUGUCCGACAACGCAUCAGUGACAGCGGAAGGUGCUUUUAAAAAACUAAAACCCGAACCGAACGGAGGACUUUCGUCGGUGUCCGGUGGCAUCUCGUCGCCCGGAAGUGGAAUCUCAUCCCUGCCUCAGCACGCCGGUCAUACGCCCACCACGGCAUCCUGUCCGACGCCGGCGCGGAGGCGGCACCGGACCACGUUUACUCAGGAACAGUUAGCAGAACUAGAAGCGGCCUUUGCAAAAUCCCACUACCCCGAUAUCUACUGUAGGGAGGAAUUAGCGCGAACUACCAAACUGAACGAAGCAAGGAUACAGGUCUGGUUUCAGAACCGCCGGGCCAAAUAUCGCAAGCAAGAAAAGCAAUUACAGAAAGCGCUCGCCCCCUCGGUGAUACCGUCCUGCAACGGGAUGAUGCGCAACAUACAGGGCUACAGCGUGUCCCGAGGUUAUCAACCGUAUCCCCAUCCAAACUCAAUCAAUCGAUAUCCGCAGGAUCUCUUCCAGAUGGGUGCCUCUUCAUAUCCUGGCAUGACGCAGCCAUUCUCGAUGACGCACAGCUCCAACAUGGGCUCAGUUGGCGUUCGCCAGGAUUCCAUGGGCAUGUCCGCCGAGGAUGAAUGGUACAACAAGAGCCUAUCGGCGCUCCGAAUGAACAGCUCACAUCACCCGAAUCUGUCCGCACCGAUGCUCCAGUACCAGACAUAAUUAAUGUAGGAUCAACUGUAACCCUUCCCCCCCGACUGCUGAGCGAUUCACUGCAUUCCGAGCGCUUCCGGGAAGCAUCCGAGCGCAGUCAACGUUCAGCAGUGGCAGCCACUAGUGGAGCCGCUCGCCAUGUUUUACUGACCGACCAUUCUUUCGUAGAGGUGCCAACAAUAAGUUGUUGAAAAUUUCAUUAUUCCACUCAUUCGUGAAUAUUUAAUCAAAUCGAUUGACAGCAGAGCGCUCGAAAAAAACAACCCAAAUUUCGGUGGCCAUGAUCGGAAGCUCAUUUUUUCAUUUACACAACCCCGGAAAAAUGCUAUUAAAUUUUUUUCAUAGACCGAUUAAAGGCCACUAAUUUAUGCAAGCGGCCAACGAUGAACCCAGAACACUAAUAUAAAUUUUAAGCGUUCUCCAACGAGAGAAUAAAUACAGUUUAGUAACUAUAGUCAAACAAAAAAGUUGUACAUAUGUCUAUAUAACCGAGCUGGGCGCUGAAUUUUCAUUUCCGAUAAUCGUCGUAAAUUGGAAAUACGAUCAAUUUGCCGCUUGGCUCGAGAAAACAAGAAAUACGGACGGCACGGAAUCAAAUCUUACCAGUUACGUGAAAUUAAUAGGCGUUAAUUUGAUAUUGCAAAUUAAAAAAGAAAAUAAAACAGAGUGAAUACGAGCUGCGAAUGAGAAAAAAAAAGAAAACCAGAACAACAAAACAAUCCAUUCAUCCAGAAUGAGCAAAUUUAGUGUAAGGACAAGUUAGCGCGUAAGAAAAACGUGAAUAUCAGGAUGAAUACAACAAAAAAGUAAGCUAAACAAACAAACGGCAAACCACAAAAAAGGAAACUUUGAAACUAAUCUAGCUAAAUUAUUUAAUUUGUACUUGAUGAAAGUGAAAGCAAAACAAACAAAAAACAAACUAACUAAAACAUAUGAACAUAAGCAACAGAGGAAAGAAAUGUGGUAAAGAACCGUUAGUUGAUCUAUAUAUUAUAUAUGCAAAAAAAAAAAACAAGAAUAAACGCAGUAAAAUUUCUAGUCACAGAAUCAAAGCCAGUGAGCAGAGCAUUGGCUGUUCAGUGUAAAUAUAGACCAAAGUGGAAAACAAUGCAUUAAAAACUAUUUCAGAUGUAA